GGAGAUAAAUAUAUUCUACCAGUAACGAAAACUCUGCUUUUUACAAGAGCAGAGUUUCAAGAUGGCAGACAUGGCGAAGGUCAACAACUUUCUCACACUAGCAGGUGAUGAGUAUCCAGCACGUGGUUGGUCUCGACAACUGUUUGUCUCGCAUUAUCUAUUAUUUAGUGAUUAACUGCUAUUUAUAGUUAUUAUCGAUGGUUCGAUUAAAGGCGCAGUCUGAAUUGUGACAGUUGUGUCACUCGCAUCAUCGCCCUGAUUGAAUACCAGGUCCACCUUGCUUCGGACUUCUCUUUACAGUUUACACAUUCCUGUGUAGCAGGGCUUUGCCAUGAAAAAUGUAAUUAAUCGUCAAGAAGAGAUAAGCGAUCAUCUGAUCAAAUCAGGCCUGAGCUAUACCAAGAUCGCAAUUUAACCUAGAGUAGCCAGACUAGCAACUGAAUGAUCACAGCAGACAGGUGAAGAUUGUGAUGCCAACAUCUAACAUCGCAACAUGUCGGAGUUGGACUUAGCUGCUCAGCAGAUUGACAUGACAUGUGCCAUAUGCACAGAAUUUUCACUUCACCGAGAUUUCUGCCAUGUCACCACACUUUCUGCCUACCUUGUCUGGAGACACUGGCUGGGAAACACGGACAUGUCCUCCGGUGUCCCACCUGCAGAACACCUGCGACUGUACCUGCCGGCGGUGUGCGCGCUCUGCAGGUGAACUUCUACUUCCCUGAGGACGUCCUGGAGCUGGCCAGGAGGAAUGGAGGCCCCAACAUGUGCUCCUUCCACACUGAUAAAAAGAUUAUCUUCCGCUGUCUCCAGUGUGACGAAGCUAUAUGUAAAAGAUGUCAUCUGACCACACAUCAAAAACAUUUGAUGGAACAGCUAUCGGACGUCAUCGCUCGACGAAAGAAAACGAUUGAAGAAAAUCUCGGUCGUCUGGAGAGCUGUGUGCAGCACAUGGUGGAGAAGUCGGAAGCUUUGAAGCAAAACGAAAGGCAAGCCAGAGAAAAGAGAGCUGCUGCAAGCAGACAGAUUGAAGCCCGGUAUAAUGUCAUAGUGGCCAUGGCAAAAAAAUAUGGUGUCCAAGCGAUGCAACAACUCCAGGAAGUGUCAGAUGACUUAGAGAAGGAUCUGGCCGCCCACACACAGGGAAUACAAGAGGACCUCAUCUCUCUGCUCCGUCUUCAAGACCGCGCUCGACGGACGCUGAGUUCAGAAUGUUACACGGAGGUCGUGCAGAUGGAGAAAGAGAUGACACGAGGACACGGGAGCGACAAGCAGCUGAAGGAACUGGAAGCUGUACUUCCGGACACGAGUUACCGCCCUGGACUCUAUGGUAACUUUGCCAUCGACAUCGAGGACGACAUCAAGAGGUUCAUCGGGUCACCAGUCAAACUGACCGUUGCCUCUCAAAGGGAGGUAAGUCUUGUUGGCGUCUGUCAGUAUGAUGGCGAUGAAUGCCGGGAGGUGCAGGCUGUGCGGCAGAAGGAGGACGAGAUGAUUGAGGUUUGUUACGGGGGACCUGGAGGCGACUUUUCUAAAUCAACGGAAGUGUGUCUGAAUCCUAACGGAUCUGUAAACAAGAAAACAGAAUAUGAAACACGGACAUUGUACGUGACUCGUAAAGACUACAUAAUACAAUGGGAAAACCCCUUUAUGAGGAUCUUUGCCUCCAAGGGUGACAGAAUGUUCGCUAUUUGUCAGAACAUCAAAACUGGUCGCUGUGAUGUAAGGACGGUGCAAUUAAAAUUCAAAGAUAGAAAGGAGGCUUGUGGACUUGAUGCUAGCCUGAUACACCCAAAGGUAAACAAAAUCCAGAACUUUGAUUCAAACAAGUCUGGAGUAUUAUUUGCUGUGGUAGAUGACGAUGAUAGCGAACUGCUAACUGACGACUCGGCAAAGAAAGAAGAGGAAAGAGACACUAAGGCUCCCGUGUUGUUCGUCUUUAUUCUAAUAAAUCUGACGACCCCAUCGCGACCUACUCGCCACCCAAACAACCUUUCUUUCCAACAGACGUCUGCUUUUAUGGCGACAGUUUGCUGAUCAUCGCAGACUGGAUGAACGACUGUGUUCACGUGACAAAAGUAACGGACGCUGACCUGAGGUUCAUCGACUACCUCCCCGGGGCUGGUAGCAUUGUGCGACCAACAGUUCUGAACCUUGACCUCAACGGCCACUUGUUUAUUGGCUGUGGCGAUGGCUGGGUCCUCAAAUAUGUGGCCGACAUCUCUCACAUGGACUUAUUUAAGUCGUCAGUGUCUUCAGUAACAGUUGCGAAAGUAAAGAAAGCUAGCUCCUCAUAUUGUAGAUCGCAAACUGUUAAUUUAAUAUUGUAUUACGCAUUCAUCUUUUUCUUCGGUUUCUUGGCAGUAACACUGUGGAGCAAUGAAAGUUCAGUGAAGAGUAAUUCGUAGCAUAACAAAAUAGUGUUCUUUGAGAUUCACCUUUUUCUUUAGCAUAUGUUUCUGGAUGGAAUAUAUGUAAUGUGAGAAUAUCACCAGAAAACAAUGUCUCACUGGUAAUGUGCUGUAUAAACUUCUUGUAAUCUACAUGGUGUGCAUUAGUGUGUUAUAAAGUGUUAUUUUUCUUCGUUUGAAAACCUCAAAAUACCCAGGAAAAUCAAAUCUAUUCAGUGGACUGAAAAAUUAACUUCUGUUGCUAAUCUCUUAAUUCAACCUGGUGACAGGAAAGUUAAUUCCAGUAGCAAUGAAUGAGCAGACUUUAAUGAUGAGAAUAGAGACAGUUCCUGUCUGACAAUAUGAUACAUGAGAAUAGAAACAGUUCAUGUGUGACAGAAAUGUCACUCGUCUGCGAACAAAUGUCUUCAUCACUAAGACCUACACCGAAAUUAAUAAAUGUCCUCAUUACAACCCUACAAUUGAAGAAGAGAAUCGCCUUUUACUUGUAUGUUCUUUUCAUAAAAAGCUGAUGAGGUCCUGUCUUUCCGUUUUAAUUAAUAUACAACGGUUUGGCAAUCGACAGGUAGCAACACCAAAUACUUCUAAUCCAGAAUACAUUCUGUCCUCUGCACUGUAACAUUCUACAUCAGUUGAUACUGAACAUCGGAAGAUCAAUAUGAUAUUACUGAAGAUUAUCACUGAGCAGGAAAUAGUAAGAAUAUUAUUUCUAUUUUCUCGCCAAGUUUUAGAUUACAAUUUAUUUACGGUGAUUGUAGUAAACAUUGUAACCAUAAUCUAGCAAAUAAUA